AUGAUGUGGAGAACGAUAGAGUGUUCCUUAAGACAUGAAAUUGUGAGUGAAGGAGUAUGCAUUGAUGGGGUUUUGUAUUACUUAGGUGAGGAAGAGGAGGGUGAGAAUUUGGUGAUAGUUUGCUUUGAUGUUAGGUAUGAGAAAUUCAAAUUUAUCUACCCCGAAGGCUUUUGUCGAUUGAUAGACUAUAAGGGUAAAUUAGGUGUGGUUUACUGGGAGGAUGAUAACGUUAAAGUCGAUGGUGAUGCCAUUGGGUUGCGUGUGUGGGUUCUAGAGUAUUCAGAGAAACGAGAAUGGUCCAAAUAUGCCUACACUUUGUGGGAUGAUAACUUCUUCUUCCAUAAUGGCUCUUAUGUUUCUGUCGCUGUCGUUGGAGUGACUGCUAAGGGUGAAAUUGUUUUGCCCAUGACCCAUUAUACGUCUAAAAAACCGUUUUAUGUUUUCUACUUCAACCUUGAAAAGAACACUCUCCAAAGUGUUGAAAUCAAAGGUUUGGGAGUUAACAAUAAAUACUCUGGGAAACGUAGAGUUUACACCUUUGUGGACCAUGUAGAGGAUCUUAAUAUCAACGAUGCAAAGCUUCUCAAGCAAAUUAGUAUCUAUAAUAAUCUAUGCUCCAUAAGUGAAGACAAGAUAUCUGUGGGAAGAAGAAGAAGAAGAUAG